AUGUCCGAUGCAACAUUCGUCGUCCUUGUCCUCGGCCUCAUCCACUUUACCAGAGGCGCGACAGAGCAUUGGCUCCGCCGCCACGUCUUCCACAAUCGCGUCUGGUCUGGCGUUUGCCUGUCGGUGCUUUCCACCUUCCUGAUCAAACACAUCGUGUACGGCUACAUGAUAUACAUGCUGGAAUGGCAGUCUGAUGACUACCUCGCUGCGGAAGGUGGGAUCGGCGAGCGACAAACCCCAACUGCUCAAUCCAGUGCGCUACAGGGCCUGCACGAGAUGUUCCGUCGCGGCUGCAUCUCCGAUGUCGACAUGAUGGUCUGGCUACAGAGUCGUGGGAAUCGGUUCGAGCUGGCACUCAUCUGGUUCGGCUGGACGUACAUCGCCAUGUUCAUCUGGUUCCUGGCCCGCGAGGGGUUCUUUCGCUAA